CACAUGUUGCGUUCGCCGCCGCCGCCGCGACUCUUCUUGCAGUCUGUCAAUCGCGAGCGACUCGCGCGCGCUCUCUCCUCCGACGCAACCUUUCUGCCCUGAAAUGUGUCGCCCGAAUGGAGUGGCCCUUUGCAAAAACCACACCCUCGUCGUGCAAGAUGUCUGCCUGUAAUAGCGUGCAAUUACGGUGCUGCGCCCGCGUGGACCGACAACUGGUGUCCUAGCCAGGGCUGAAGGUUCGCCCAACGCAACUCGCCAGGGCCCGCCUCCUCCUCCACACCCCCCAGCAGCAGCAACUAAGCAACCGAACAACCGCAGGCGCAUUCUUUUCCUUCCCUCAUCUUAUCCGCUAAAUCUGUGUAAAAAAAACAAUCCGAGCUCGCCUGCCCCUGAAUUCACUUUUGUGUCCGAACCGAGUUGCAGUAUUUUUUUGCUGAAUAAUUAUGCCGACUGUGAUAUUCCCCGUAAUUUUAGUUAAACCAACCGUGAUGAGUGAGCGUGCGAAUUAAGCCUUUUGCUUUCUUAUUUUUUACUUUAACUUUAGUUUUCCCUUGAUCCGUGUUUUUUUUUUAAUAUUUUUUAAAUUAAAAUGGUUGAGUUGACGGACGCUCUGUGGGUUUUGAUCCUGGGGUUCGUGGUUGCGUUCAUUUUGGCCUUCGGCAUCGGCGCCAACGAUGUGGCCAAUUCGUUCGGCACCUCGGUCGGUUCCAAAGUGCUCAGCGUCAGGCAGGCCUGCAUCCUCGGCACCAUCUUCGAGAUAGCAGGCUCGGUGCUCAUUGGGUACAAGGUGUCGGAUACAAUGCGGAAAGGGAUACUCGACGUAAACGAGUACAUAGGCCACGAAAAGGAACUGAUGAUGGGCUGCCUGUCCGCCUUGACCGGCAGUGCUGUUUGGUUGAUUGUGGCCACGUACUACAAGCUGCCCAUCUCGGGCACCCACAGCAUCGUCGGCGCCACGGUCGGCUUCUCGCUGGUGGCCCGCGGCCCUAGCGGCAUCACCUGGUCCAAACUGCUCACCAUCGUUGCUUCCUGGUUUGUGUCACCGGUGUUGUCCGGCCUGAUGUCCGCCGCCCUCUUCAUGCUGAUCCGCUACUUCAUCAUCAGGCGGCCCAGACCUUUAAUACCUGGUCUCAGGGCACUACCCUUGAUCUACGGCGUCACCAUCAUUGUCAACGUUUUCUCUAUUUUCCACGAUGGGCCCAAGCUUCUGCACUUCGACAAAAUUCCACUUUGGGGCUCGAUUGUGGCCAGCCUGAGCAUUGGCGUGGCCGUUUCCCUUGUUGUGCAGUGCUUCGUGGUACCUUACCUGCGCAAGAGCAUAAUUGAAACAACGACGAAAGAGUGCGAGGGCCAGGUCAAGUUCACCUUCGGCGAGUCUGCAGAGUCGUCUCGGGACCACAGCCCACAGCAGAGCAAAAACAUCUCAGUGGAGGACAUGGGCAAGCUGGGCGUGAUCACUGAAAACAUCGAGAUCACCGCCCUGAGCGCCGCCAACCAGCUCAAGGCCAACGGAAACUCCAAGGCCACCAAUGGCUUCAUCAUGUCUGACAAGGUCGUGACCAAGAUUGGUGAAAACGGCGACGCUCCGGUGGCGCAGCUGCAAGGAGGACUCAACUCGGGCAAUGUCACCCCCGCCUAUGGUCUUUCACCCAACAGCAGUGCAGUGCCCUUAAUCAGGGAGAGGGUGCUGACGAUACAGGACCCUGAAGCUGCGAACGGAAACCUGGCGAACGGCAAGGCCGAAGUUCACGACCCUCCCGAGGUUGGUCGUCUCUUUUCAUUCCUUCAAAUCCUGACAGCAACUUUCGGCUCCUUUGCCCACGGUGGCAAUGACGUCAGUAACGCCAUCGGCCCUCUGGUCGCCCUGUGGAUGAUCUUCAAGGACAGCUCAGUGCACCAAAACGCCGAGACGCCCUUGGCCAUCCUGCUGUACGGAGGCGUGGGCAUCUCCCUCGGCCUCUGGAUUUGGGGCAGGAGGGUCAUCCAGACCAUCGGCGAAGACCUGGCCGCCAUCACUCCUUCCACGGGCUUCACCAUUGAAAUCGGAGCUGCAUUUACCGUUUUGCUGGCCUCGAAGAUUGGCCUGCCAAUCAGCACAACUCACUGCAAGGUGGGCUCGGUCGUGUUUGUCGGCUGGAUGUCCUCGGAAGAAAAGGGCGUAGACUGGAAACUGUUUAGAAACAUUAUAUUUGCUUGGCUCGUGACGCUGCCCGUAGCUGGUUCGCUGAGUGCCGCCUGCAUGUUUCUGCUGACGAGGCUGGCUCUGUAAGCGCACAUGGCGGCCGAGCACACUCUCUCACACACAAAAGUGCAGCAUUAAACAAUAAGAGAAAAACAAGGAGACUAAGACAUGAUAUAGGGAGUGCAACGGAGGGGGGAGAAUGUAUCUUAAUUUCUUUUUUAACUCUUAACAUAAUUAUUUUUUAGACGAGUAAAAUAAUAAUUGUAUUGAAAAGAAAUGACGCGUGGUGAGAGGCCAGACCUUGUUCGUCGACAGGCUCCGAGGAGAGGAAGUAGUAGUUUUUAAAAUGAGAAUUAAGCAAUAUAUAGAUUUCAUUAUUUAAGAUUCAUGACGCAUGUUAAGAUGAUUGUGUAUCACAAAAGAGACAAAAACUCCGAGAGCAGAGUAACAUCUAUCUACUUUUUAUAUGUAAUAAAACAUACUACAUUAGUUGUG